AUGAGCUUGACCCCGCAGAGUAGGGUAUACCUACAAGAUACAUGGUUCUGCCUUCAAUCCAAGGAGGCCGCCGGGACCAUGGAAGCCCGCCCAAUGAGCCGGGACCGGCAAGCUUUGGUUGCUCGGCGCAACGCCAACCACAGCAACAUCGCCUGCUCCACCAAAUCCACUUUCUUGCACCUCAACUUGGACGACGCCUAG